CCGUCAGAAAAGCAAAUGUGUGGAAGAUUGUAAAAGCUCAGCAGCAGUCAGUACCUCAGCUUCACCUUCACCGACGCGGUUCUGCUCUGGCGCAUCAGUCCUGUGAAAAGGAAGAAUAAAUGGAGGGUCAGCAACUGAAGGAUCCGCUGAAUAAAGUUUCGCUAAUCAAAGAUGAGCUGACUCGGAGCUCCAUGGAGGCCAGUGAGUCAGAGAAGGUGAUCCAGCACCUUAAUCAGGAGCUGAAGGAGGCCCAUGAUCAGGCCAAUGCUGGCAAGCAGAAGUGUGUGGAGCUGCAAGGACUUCUAGAGGAGGAGAAGCGAGCCAGCAAGCAUCAGACAGAGGAAUCUGCAAAGCAGAUGAAGAUUCUUCAGACUCAGCUUCAGAAGUUGCAGGAUGAAAUGGAGAAUCUCAGGGACCAGAAGGACAGUACUAUUUUGAGUAUGCGACAGGAUGCACAUGCAGCUCAAGAGGAAGUGCAGGUAUUGCGCCGAAGCAUGGAGAAGGCUGCAGCUGAGCGGGAGCAUGAGGUCAGCACCCUAAAGAGCAACCUGACAACACUGACUACUGAACUGGAGAAAUGGCAGAUAGCUGCAAACAAGUAUGAGCGUGAGAUUGACAGCCUGCAGGCUAAUCACCAGCAACAGAACCAGCAGAGGGACAAAGUUACUAAACAGCAAGCCAGUGAGCUGGAGAAGCUGAAGCGGGACUGUGAGAGCCUGCAGAGGGAGUGUGCGUCUCUCAGGUCAGAGCGAGAGCAGUUGGCUACACAGCAGCAGAAGGAGAAGAGCAGUCUGCAGAGCGAAUGUACAUCCCUGCACUCUGAGAAGGAUCAGCUUGUGAAGAAACUUCAGCAACUGGAAAAAGAGCUAGACAGCUGUAAGAAGCAGAACGCAGGUCUGAGCAGCACGGCAGAGACUCUGGAGAAGACGCAGGCUGACCUAGAGAAAUCCCUGAGUGCUGCACAGGAGGAGCACCAGAAAAACAGCAGCCAGCUUCACAGCCAGCUGGAGCAGAGCAAAACCAGGACCAAGGAGCUGCAGAAGGAGUACGAAGAGACACAAGCAGAGCUAUCAGGUCUGAAAGAGAGGUGUGAGCAGAUAGAGCAGGAGAAGGAGUCUCUAAGCCUGGAAUUGCAGCAGUGCCAAGCUAGCCUCACAUCUCUGCAGGAGAAAAGCAACCAACUGUCUUUAUUGCCGCCCGUCCUAGCCGUAGUCAUCGGCCUUGUCCUGGCUUUGCUGUAUUGGUGCUUCGGCCCAUUGUGGUAGAAAGGAAAGAUGGAUCAGGUGGAUACCCGUUGCCGCGGUAACAGUCGUUGUCACGGCCUAUGUGCUCACAAAGACGUCGACCUGAGUAUCUGGCAGUACGAACCACUAAGAAAAAAACCACACAAUGCACAUUUCCAACCAUACAAACAUAUUGCCCUUUUAGUGUAAGAGGGCUUUACAUGAGAAUUAGUGCAAGUUGUAACUGUAAUAUCCAGCGCUGAAGUUUAAUCAUAUAGCGUAUCUGAUCCAAGCCCCAAGCAGAUGCAGUGGUUC